AUGAGUCUUAAGCAGCAACCUGUUUCAUAUCAGACAGCCUUAAACAACAUUAAAAACAAGCCUCGCUGUGGUUUUGCAUUUGCGGCUCUGGUCACUUAUAAAGAGCUGAACUUGUCCAGCGAUCUGCUCCACAAGAUAAGCAGCGAGAAAUCAGACGAUAAAGAGAGAAACAUCACUUAUCAACUCAACUCUAAAGUGGUGACGGCCGUCGUCAGUAAUGCAGAAACCAAACAGCUGUCAGAGCCGGUGAUGUUCGUCUUUAGACACGUGGAGGAGAGGGCAGAGUCUGAGGGGGUGGCUUACUCCUGUGUGUACUGGGAUGAUACUGAGGGGGCGUGGUCUGAGGAGGGCUGUGUGGGGGCGUGGUCUAACAGCACUCACACAGUGUGUUACUGGUCUCAUUUCAGUAGUUUUGCUGUGCUCAUGGCUCUCUAUCCUGUGCAGGACUCAUUUGAUUUGGUGUUGAUCACACAAGUGGAUUUAGCUCUGUCUCUGGUCUGUUUAUUUCUCUGUAUCCUUACGUUCAAGUUCUGCCACUCCAUCCAAGGAACCCGAACCAGCAUUCAUCUCCAUCUGAGCAUCUGUCUCUUCAUCGCAGAUCUCGUCUUCCUCUGCGGGAUCUCCAGUACUCUGAGGUACAAUGAGGUAGCGUGUGCGAUUGUGGCCGGUCUGCUUCAUUUCUUCUUCUUGUCUGCGUUCUGCUGGAUGCUGCUGGAGGGGGUUCAGCUCUACCGGAUGGUUGUGCUGGUGUUUCACACCACAUUAAAACAUCUCCACAUGUAUCUGGUGGGAUACGGAGUCCCUCUCGUCAUCGUCAUCAUCUCUGCCAUCGCCUUCCCAAAGGGAUACGGCACCAAACGACUCUGCUGGCUCUCUCUCGAUCGCUAUUUUAUCUUGAGUUUUUUCGCACCCGUCUGCAUCAUUGUGAUCCUCAAUGGUUUUGUCUUCAUCAUCACCGUGUGGAAACUGGCUAAAAAGUUCUCCAGUCUCAAUCCAGACCUCUCCAAACUCAACCAGAUCAGGAGUUUCACGGUGACCGCCGUGGCUCAGUUGUGUGUUCUUGGAGGAACGUGGAUCUUUGGCUUCUUCCUCUUCCAGGAGAAAGGGACUGAAGUCAUGCUGUACCUCUUCAUCAUCCUCAACACUCUCCAGGGGGCGCUAAUCUUCAUCCUGCACUGCCUGCUGUCCAAACCGGUCAGGAUGGAGUAUUACAGUCUGUUUGUCCGAAUGUGCCCACAUAAGAAGAAAGCCAAAUACAGAAUCAGUACCAGCCAGACCAACAGCAGUCAGAAACCUCUGCGGAGCGACGGCAGCACAGCAGAGUCACAGAUGUAAAGCACUUGUCGUGUGCUGAUGGAUUUUGUACAAACUCUUCAACACAAGACACACAAAGACUUUCUGUGUCAAAUGAAGACUUUUCACAAGCUUUAACUCAACAGUACACGUUCACAGUCGUCAUCUGAUGAAUACUGCUGCUUGUUCAUCACAUGGGAUAUGCAUCAUCUGUUACUGGAGACGGAGAUUGUUGUAUAGACUUGAAUCGAGUAUUUAGGUUGCUUCUGAUUUCGGCUUUUCUUUGCAUGUGAGUGUAAAGUUUUAAUUUUUAGAUUAUGCAGAAGAAAACAGUUUUAUAAUGAUGAAUGUUGUAUUGUGUUGAGGGAGCGCAUAGUUUGUCAAUUAAUGAAGUCAUUCUUUAGAAGCGAGGCCGUAACCAUGUCAAAACAUCCUGAUGUUUAGCUCACGAGUAUUUCUAACCUGUGUAUUUUCUCUGGUUUCUGCCGCCAUUAUACAGGAAUGUAAUGACUGUAACAACCAAAAGUGAUAUGUCUGUUCAUAUGGUAUUAUAUUACAUUAUAUUGGUAAAGAUUACUUAUAUGCUAUUUUGUAUAUGCAAACUAAAAUUAAUUAAAAGGGGAAUAA